AUGCAGAUCUUCGUGAAGACGUUGACUGGGAAAACGAUCACUCUCGAAGUAGAGUCGUCGGAUUCAAUUGAAAAUGUGAAAUCCAAAAUUCAAGAUAAGGAAGGAAUUCCUCCGGAUCAGCAGCGUUUGAUAUUUGCCGGCAAACAACUUGAAGAUGGCCGUACUUUGUCAGAUUACAACAUUCAAAAAGAAUCUACCCUCCACUUGGUUCUUAGACUGAGAGGUGGUGCUAAAAAACGUAAGAAGAAGAAUUAUUCUACACCAAAAAAGAUCAAGCACAAGAAAAGGAAGAUUAAGUUGGCUGUGUUGAAAUUUUACAAAGUUGAUGAAAAUGGUAAGGUUAUCCGUUUGAAAAAAGAAUGUACUUCUGAAAAUUGUGGUCCCGGAGUAUUCAUGGCUGACAUGCCAAACAGGCAUUAUUGUGGCAAAUGUUCAGCUACUGUUCCAAAGUAG